UCCGAGGCGGCGCGCGCUGUUGGUCCUCGCUGGCUCCGUUUACCUGAGGGACCCGCGGCCGCCCCGGGCCGGCGCUGCAGCCCCCUUGGAGCCCGGCCCCGAGGUGUGAGUUCGUUGUUGGUGUAUGGAAACACAACUGAUUUUUGUAUAUUGAUUUUGUAUCCUGCAACUUUACGGCACUCAUCAAAGACUUUAGUAUCAAGACUACAAUAUUUUGAGAGGAAAUUACUGAUAUCUCCCAUUAAAAAAAGUACUUUUCAGAUAUUUCAGUGAAAGGAAGAAAUAGCUCUUCUCCUAAGAUGGAAUCUAUUGUUUGGGAAUGUGGUUGAUCAACUUGAUAUGUUGGCCAAAUGUGCCCUAUGUAAUAAAAUGAAAAGAAGAGACAAGAUGAUGUCAUUUUCCCGUAUUGUGAAACCAAAAACAAAUGCCUUUUGUGAGACCAAGCUAAGAAACCUCUGACGGUGCAAAGAGUAUUUAACUGUUUGAAGAACUUAACAGUAAGAUAUAGAAGAAAUACUUUCAAGCUGAGACCUGCAGGUGUAUAAAGAUCUAAAAUACAUAUUGAGUAGGCCUGAUCAUCCAAAUCUCAUUCAGAUCCAGGAAGGAUGGCUAUGAGUUGGAUCGUCUUCUACUUUUGGCCCUUGACUAUGUUUGUGGGACAUACAGGUGGGCACAGUUUGUUUUCUUGUGAACCUAUUACCUUGAGGAUGUGCCAAGAUUUGCCUUAUAAUACUACCUUCAUGCCUAAUCUUCUGAAUCACUAUGACCAACAGACAGCAGCUUUAGCAAUGGAGCCAUUCCACCCAAUGGUGAAUCUGGAUUGUUCUCGGGAUUUUCGGCCAUUUCUUUGUGCACUCUAUGCUCCUAUUUGUAUGGAAUAUGGACGUGUCACACUUCCCUGUCGUAGGCUGUGUCAGCGGGCUUACAGUGAGUGUUCGGAGCUCAUGGAGAUGUUUGGUGUUCCUUGGCCUGAAGAUAUGGAAUGCAGUAGGUUCCCAGAUUGUGAUGAGCCAUAUCCUCGACUUGUGGAUCUGAAUUUAGCUGGUGAUCCUACUGAAGGAGCUCCAGUGGCAGUGCAGAGGGACUAUGGUUUUUGGUGUCCUCGAGAGUUGAAAAUUGAUCCUGAUCUUGGUUAUUCUUUUUUACACGUGCGUGAUUGUUCACCUCCUUGUCCAAAUAUGUACUUUAGGAGAGAAGAACUUUCAUUUGCUCGAUACUUCAUAGGAUUGAUUUCAAUCAUUUGCCUCUCUGCCACGUUGUUUACUUUUUUAACUUUUUUGAUUGAUGUCACAAGAUUCCGUUAUCCUGAAAGACCUAUUAUAUUUUAUGCUGUCUGCUACAUGAUGGUAUCAUUAAUUUUCUUCAUUGGGUUUUUGCUUGAGGACCGAGUAGCCUGCAAUGCAUCUAGCCCUGCACAGUAUAAGGCUUCCACAGUGACACAAGGAUCUCAUAAUAAAGCCUGUACCAUGCUUUUUAUGGUACUCUAUUUUUUUACUAUGGCUGGCAGUGUUUGGUGGGUAAUUCUUACCAUCACAUGGUUCUUGGCAGCUGUGCCAAAGUGGGGUAGUGAAGCUAUUGAGAAGAAAGCAUUGCUAUUUCACGCCAGUGCAUGGGGCAUCCCUGGAACUCUAACCAUCAUCCUUUUAGCGAUGAAUAAAAUUGAAGGUGACAAUAUCAGUGGCGUGUGUUUUGUUGGCCUCUACGAUGUUGAUGCAUUGAGAUAUUUUGUUCUUGCUCCCCUCUGCCUGUAUGUGGUAGUUGGAGUUUCUCUCCUCUUAGCUGGCAUUAUAUCCCUAAACAGAGUUCGAAUUGAAAUUCCAUUAGAAAAGGAGAACCAAGAUAAGUUGGUGAAGUUUAUGAUCCGGAUUGGUGUUUUCAGCAUUCUUUAUCUCGUACCACUCUUGGUUGUAAUUGGAUGCUACUUUUAUGAACAAGCUUACCGUGGCAUCUGGGAAACAACAUGGAUACAAGAACGCUGCAGAGAAUAUCACAUUCCAUGUCCAUAUCAGGUUACUCAAAUGAGUCGUCCAGACCUGAUUCUCUUUCUGAUGAAAUACCUGAUGGCUCUCAUAGUUGGUAUUCCCUCCAUUUUUUGGGUUGGAAGCAAAAAGACAUGCUUUGAAUGGGCCAGUUUUUUUCAUGGUCGUAGGAAAAAAGAGAUAGUGAAUGAGAGCCGACAGGUACUACAGGAACCUGAUUUUGCUCAGUCUCUUCUGAGGGAUCCAAAUACUCCUAUUAUAAGAAAAUCAAGAGGAACUUCCACUCAAGGAACAUCCACACAUGCUUCUUCAACUCAGCUUGCUAUGGUGGAUGAUCAGAGAAGCAAAGCAGGGAGUGUCCACAGCAAAGUAAGCAGCUACCACGGCAGUCUCCACAGAUCCCGUGAUGGCAGGUACACUCCCUGCAGUUACAGAGGAAUGGAAGAGAGACUACCUCACGGCAGCAUGUCACGACUGACGGAUCACUCGAGGCACAGUAGCUCUCAUCGGCUCAAUGAACAGUCCCGACAUAGCAGCAUCAGAGACCUCAGUAAUAAUCCCAUGACUCACAUCACCCACGGUACCAGCAUGAAUCGGGUUAUUGAAGAAGAUGGAACCAGUGCUUAAAUUGUCCGAAGGUGGAAAACUUGCGCUAUUUAAAAAGCAGAUUUUAUUCUUUGCCUUUGCAUGACUGAUUGCUGUAACUCACUGUUAUCAUGCUUUCAGUCAGGUGCAGAUUGUGUCCAUUGGAAAAGUAAACUUUUGCUUUUUAUAUUGCAUCAAACUUGGAACAUCAAGGCAUCAAAAAUGCUAAUAAUUAUAUCAUCACAUAAAUAAUUCUUAUUUCUAGGUUAUGAAGAGAUAAUUAUUUGUCUGGUAAGCAUUUUUAUAAACCCACUUAUUUUAUAUUUAGAAAAACCCUAAAUGUGUGGUGACUGCUUUGUAGUGAACUUUCAUAUAAUAUCAACUAGUUGUGAAAUAACAUUCUGGUAGUUGUAUUAAUAAAACAAAAUUUCAGAAUUAAGGAAAUUUUCUAUGCAAGGCUUAUUUCUCAAAUGAAUAGUUGGACUUUGUAGUUUUCUUUCCACUAAGUGAAGAAGAACUAUGUUUUUAAACUGUCGGAGAAUUUGAUAAAUCAGCAAGGGUAUUUUAGCUAAUAGGAUAUAAGAUCAGUGGAAGAAUCUGAAUAGUCUACUGAAUGCUCUUUAAAAAUUCUGUCAAAAUAAUCUUCAUCCAGAGACAUACAGGAUUAGGUUUCACGAUGGAAUAAAAGGCGGAGAUGGACAUUUUUUCUCUAUAAUUGUGCUCUUUAUUACUUUUGUAAAUAUUACUUUUACUGGCUAUGUUUUUAUAACUUAACCAUAUGCAUGGUGGAAGUUUAAUUUGUAGUCAUCUUUUCCCAUAUAGUAGUAUUGAUUCACAGAGAACUUCAUGUUCAGAUCUGUUCCAUGGAGGCAUGUAAUAAGAUAAACAUCACACAUUAUAAACAUUUUUGUGGGAAUCACGAUUACAAAAUGGCAAAAUGUUUUCUCUAUAUUCUUUGUUGUAUUUUUCCACAGUGAGAUGUGAUCUUGCCAAAGCCACCAGAUUUUGGUACCCAGGCCCCUCCUAUCAGUGACUUGAUUGUCUGCAUUUGCAUUGCCCAGUAGCCAUUAGGCUACAGCUUUUUGCCCCACGUUCUUGUUUUCAGAUUCUGGGUUGUUUUUUUUUUUUUACAGUUGAAAUAUAUAUAACCUAAGUCCAAAGUGGUGAUUGAGGUAUUUGAAAAUCAUUGUAACUAAAUGAAGCAUGAUUAGUCUUGCUGUGAAGUAUAAUAUUUUAGUCUUACCAAUAUGAAUUCAAAAAUGUUUGACAUUUUGUCAUGUACUGUUUAAACAAUUUACAAUAAAAACUACAAACUUUAUUAGGCAUGAAAUUGCUUAGAAGGGAAAGAAAAAUUGUGGAAAAUGCUGGAUGUGUUUUAUAGAAAAGCGUAUUUAAACAAGUGGUCCUCAGCCCUGACUAUAGAUAAGAAUCACUUGCAGAACCUCUGAUGCUCAACACCUUCCUCUUAUUCAGAGGAGAAUUAGUAGUUUUUUU